AUGGUGUCUAAAUUCAGACAUGGAAAACAAUACAGUAACAUACAGUCACAAUGCGGAGCCUGUCCUCUCCCAGACACACACAGCCCAAGUCUAAAUGGGACAACACAACUAAAAACAGGAUUUCACACUGCGGCCAAAUACAGCCUGAAACAGAGGAAAGGAAAGAUGCAGCUUGUGUGCAAGACGACGAGGAAAGCUGCCCCAGAUAUGGACAUGUUAAACAAUAAGAAAUACUUCAAGAACAACAGAGAGCAAAAUCCAGGACCACAAACUGCAGAGAAGGGAUACCAGGGUGUCCCACUGACAGACACAAGCAAGGAAUUAAUUACCCAGAAUGCAGCAGGAUUAAUCAGUGUCCCCUCCAUUGUUAUCGGAAUAUCAAGGAGGCUGUAA